GGGGGGGGGGGGGGGGGGGGCGGAGGGACGGCCAGAAAAGGCAAACAGAACGGAGAGACUUCUCCUCCUACUCCCUCUUCCUUCUCCCUCCUUCCUUCCGCUUCUGGAAGUGAACCCAUCCUCUCCUCUGCUUCCUUCAUUCAGCUCUCUCUCCCUCUCUCUGCCUGUUCUCUCUCUGCAGGUUGCAGCAACCAAUGGCGGAGAAGAAGGAGAGAGCAGAAAAAGAAAGGAGCAGCGGUAAGAUUCUACUUGGGGUCGUGGGCAGCUGCGCGGCGGAGCUCAAGCUCCUCCUCACGUCCCUUCUGGUCCUCUGCACCAUCGUCACGCUCAUCCAGUUCUUGCCCCCCAAGUUCUCAAUCUCCUCCUCCGAUCUCCGGAUCUGCAUCUCCAAGAUCUCCACUCCUGUGGCCCCCACCCCCGACCCGCUUCCCUCCUCCGCCGCCGCCGCAGCACCGCCUCCUCUUCUCCCCCCUCCCCCGCCCCCCCCGCAGGAGAGAGUCCUCGAGGGUGGCAUCGUGAAGCGGGCUUUCAACCCCUACGGCACCGCCGCCUACAACUUCAUCACCAUGGGCGCCUACAGGGGAGGCCUUAACAACUUCGCCAUUGUCGGCCUCGCCUCCAAGCCCCUCCACGUCUACGGCAGGCCCACCUACCAGUGCCAGUGGGUCCAGCACCAGAACUCCACCUCCGAGCAACCCGUCUCCUCUGCCGGUUACCGGAUCCUCCCGGACUGGGGAUACGGCCGCGUCUACACCGUUGUGGUCGUUAACUGUACCUUCCCGGAGCCCAUCAACUUCAACAACUCCGGCGGCAGGCUGGUCCUCCGCGCCUCCACCUCCGGCGCUGGUGACCGGGACUUCAACCUCACGGACACAAUCCAGAUCCUGUCGGAGCAGCCCGGGGAGGUCGAUUUCGACAUCUUCACGUCCCCGCCCAAGUACGACUACCUCUACUGCGGUUCGUCCCUGUACGGGAGCUUGAGCCCGCAGAGGGUGAGGGAGUGGCUCGCCUACCACGUUCGGCUGUUCGGGGGACGGUCCCACUUCGUGAUCCACGACGCGGGAGGGGUCCACCCGGAGGUGCUGGAGGUACUGAAGCCAUGGAUGGAGCUUGGGUACGUGACCCUUCAGGACAUAAGGGACCAGGAGAGGUUCGAUGGGUACUAUCACAAUCAGUUCAUGGUGGUGAACGAUUGCCUCCACCGGUACAAGUUCAUGGCGAAGUGGAUGUUCUUCUUCGACUUGGACGAGUACAUCUACGUGGAGCCCAAGAACACACUGAGAUCAGUGCUCGACUCGCUAUCGGGCUACACGCAGUUCACCAUUGAGCAGAUGACCAUGAGCAGCAAGCUCUGCCUCACCGAUGAUUAUGGCAAGACUUACAAGAAAUGGGGAUUCGAGAAGCUUGUGUACCGGGACGUGAAGAGGGGAAUCCGGAGGGACCGGAAGUACGUGGUGCAGCCCCGGGCUGUGUACGCGACGGGAGUGCACAUGUCCCAGAACCUCGUGGGCAAGACGAACCACAAGACUGAGCGCCGGAUCAAGUACUUCCACUACCACGGCACGAUCGCUCAGCGAAGGGAGCCCUGUUGGGUCCUGCUCAACACAACGGAUGCCACCGAUGAUAACACGCCUUACGUGAAGGAUAUCACGAUGCGGGAUAUUGCAGGCACUGUGAAGCGCUUCGAGCUCAAGAUGAUCGGGCCCAGGUUACAGCAUACACGGCAAUGACACCUUGAUUUUUUCCUACAUCGGAUCUAUGAAUUUAGUUUUGAUGAGCUUAUUUUUUUGUUUUGUUAUAAAAUCUAUAAAUAUAAAUAUCUACCGGUGGUGCUUUACAGGAAUGUUUUUUCAUUAUUAGGGUUCUUUCGGUGUAAUAUAAUUCAUGUAGAUACUGGCGGCAUUAAGGUAUAUGAUAUGGUGUUCCAUGUUACUUUUUC